AUGUUCUUCAGAAGAUUUAAAGAAAGGGGUAGCAAAGAACCAGUGUCUGCAUCACAAGAAGCACUGACAAGGACAGAAAGCAUAGUAAAGGCUCCGAGUACAUUCACGGAACAAGUUAUAGUUGGAUUAUUUAAUGACAUAUUUUCACACUGUGUUUUUCGCUCAAUAAAUGAGAGAGAAUAUGAGGUAACACCCUUGGUAGAAUCACUUCCAACAAGUGAUGAUAACACAUGCAUGUUGGUCUUAAGAAGACGAACCAAGGGAAACAUAGAGAUGCAAAUACUUUCCCACAAUUUUAAAACAUGCUACGAACCGCCAGAGUUUUAUGGUUAUUCACUAUUGGAUCAGGAUCCAUCACAGUAUGCAGAGUAUAAACCCAAGUAUGGAGAAGUGGCCCAGUACUUAUCACUGGGUCUUGCUUCAGGACUUAAAGCACAUGUUAAAAGACAAAAGGAAUCUUCAAAAGUGCCUAUUUCUAUUAUAAAAAAUUAUCUACACAAAGAUGUAAAUAGGGGCGGGAUUUGGGCCUAUUUGUCUGCUCCAAUACUUGUCGACCAUAAUGUAACAGAUGAAACUGCACUAAAGCUACAAAGAGAUCGAAAGGCAAAGCUGAUGGAAAUAUCCAAAGAAAAAAUGGGAAUAAUUGAUUCUCAUACAAUCAUAUCUCUGCUAUGGUCCAUCUGCAUUUUUAAUCUGCAUGCAAAAUUUCACGACCUACUAGUUAUAUUAUGCAACGAAUUUUUGGAAUUUUAUAGUGAAAAUGCUUCAAAACUAAUACAUGUACUAUAUCUAUGCGAACAAAUGGAGAUAUUGCCGCAUGAGGAUAUCAGCGAGUACAUAUCCAGUCUGGGCAACGUUUCAAUAUUGGAAACUUUAUCACCAGAAGACCUCAUUAUUCUCAUAAAUUCAGCAAGAGAAUCGGAUUCAUUAACUGUGCAAAAGAUUACUGUGAUUAUACAUGACUAUAUUGAGAUAAUAGCUCCGGAAUUUGCUGUACAUCUACUUUGGGGCCUUGUGAACUCUAAAUUCAACUUUCAGAAAAAUGAUCUAUUCACAAAGAGACUAUUCAUUAGGUUUGUGGAAAAAUUCGAAGAAAUUCCUAUAAAGUUACUUAAAACGUUUUUCAAUGCACUAAUGCUUGUGCCUAUGGACAUUGUAGCAUAUUUCAAUUGUAUAAUUUACAAGAGUCUGAGAAUGUUGCAUUUGAUAGACAGGAAAGGACUUAUUUUGAUUGGUUGUUCAUAUUCCAUGUCUCAUAAUACAGCUGAAAUUCUAAAGUACGGAGACAGUCUCGACGAUGAUGAGGAAGAGCCUACGAGCAACAUUUACGAAUACUUGAAGUACAUCGUAAAGAUAGGUGCAAAAACAUACAGACCUAACAGCAUUGACAUUUUAUCAGUCAUUUACAAGUACUUGGUAUCUGGGUUAACUUGUGCUGGCGAACCAAACUUUACGUCGUACGAGUACAAAAGUAUAUCGAGCCAUGGAGGAAAGAAGAUUAUUGCAGGCCUUGAAGAAUCCUUAAACAUGAUAAAUCCCCAGGCAAAUGAGAAUAGCUAUAAGAUAUUCUUCUCAAAUCUUAUGGAAGACUGUUGCAGAAACUUUGCAGAGCUCGAUUCAGAGGCAACAAAUGCUAUUAUAUUUUCCCUAAUCACACUCAAGAUUGAUAUCAGAUAUCUACACCAGAUGAUGUUGAUGGAUAAGGGCGAAAUAGUAAAGAGUAAGAACCAGAUUCAGAUUGAAGUGAUAGACCCAGAAAGCCCAAAAUAUGUCGAGCAGUUUCAAAUGGCCAAAGAAAUAAUGGAAUAUAUGCGAAACAAGGAAGGCAUAUCAGAGGAGCUAAGUAUAAAAGAAAUUGUGCCAAGCUGUAAUGCAUUGUCCGGUGCACAAGAAGAGCAGGUCGAUCCGGAGGAUAUCCAACCCAUAAAGAGUACCGCAAGUGAAACCGGGACUUUCUUUAAAAAGGCACAAUUGCUACUCGAUUCCGGAGACGAUAUCAAACUUUGCGAAGUAGUAGAAAUGCUAAAGGCAAGUCCAGACUCGUUACUAUCACGUAAGUUUGAAUAUAUGAGCCAUUCACUAUCCUUGGAGGUCCUGGUGAACUAUUUCGACCUUUAA